AUGUCUGCUUUUGAGGGACAGCCAUUGGUUGAGGCUGUGGAACACAACGGAGAAGAUUUCAAUGCUCACCAAGAGUCUACUGGAUGUGGAUAUGGAUGCUUUCGUGUUUUAGGGUUGAGAUGGGGUCAAGGCAAUGAUGAAGGUAAAGGUCUACUGGAGCAAAGGGAAGAUUCUUGGUGGAGUUGCAAGUUGAGGAAGAUGAAAGAGGUUUCAGAAGUGAUUGCAGGUCCUAAGUGGAAGACAUUCAUUAGAAAGAUUAGCGUGUAUGGCAAGAAGCAGCAGAAGGGUAGGUUCCAAUAUGAUGAACACAGCUAUGCCCUCAAUUUCAGUAGCGGGGCUCAGAGUGAAGAUGGUGACUUACCGCACAGUUUCUCAGCUAGGUUUAGUGCUCCGUUUCCUUCUGGACGCCGGCAGAAUGAACUAUGA